GGGUGACGCUGUUGCUCUUAUCGGCGGUCUGGGGCUUGGUUACUUGUAUCACUAUCAUAGCUCCCAGAACAACUUCUUUCUUCCCCACUCUCAAGUUAUCUGGACCAAUUUCAAUUCUAGUCCCCGAAUUAUAUUGCUCUGUCGUCGAUAAUGUUGCGGUGGUACCAGACAAAGUUGGCCAAGCAGCCUAUCCUGACGGCUAGUGUGACGAGCGCGGUGUUGUUUGGCAGUGGAGAUGUUCUAGCCCAACAGCUAGUCGAUCGCAAAGGAUUUGAUAAGCAUGACCUGGCGAGAACGGGACGCAUGGCCCUUUACGGAGGAGCGAUCUUCGGCCCGGCUGCCACUGCCUGGUACGGUAUCCUCCAACGUCACGUCGUCCUGAAGAGUACCAAAACCACCCUUGUUGCCCGUGUCGUCGCAGAUCAAUGUCUUUUCACCCCGGCUCACCUUACUUGUUUCUUGUCGUCCAUGGCUAUAAUGGAAGGCACUGAUCCAAUCGAAAAGUGGCGUAAUGGCUUCGUUCCCAGCUACAAGGCCAACCUCACGAUCUGGCCUCUCGUGCAGGGGGUCAACUUCGCCAUUGUACCACUUGAGUACCGGGUGCUUGUAGUUAACUUAGUCGCCUUAGGCUGGAACUGCUUGUUGAGCUUGAUCAGCAGUGGUGAGAAUUGAUUGGAAUGGAUCUCCCGUAUAUCCGUAUAUGUGAGCAUUGAGGUCAAGAAUCCCUGGGUCGUAAAUUCGGUCCGCGAGUUCUCGUUUUCUAUGCUUCAAUCUUCUCUGGGGUCGUCGACAUGGCCCGAUCUGAUCGUUUGUUUUUUUCUAGAAUUGUUAGAUCCAUUUUUUCGGCGCAUCAUGUAUAUACAUUUUGGGGGGUUGAGUGCACAUGCUUGGGUUAUUUGGCGGAAUGGCUUGGGGGUUGUAUUGUUCCCAUCAGGCUCACCAGUUACGUC